CUGCAUUCCCUGCCCCUGCAGGGAGCAAACUCUCACCUCCGCGGGCUCGAUUUCAUGAAUGACUCAACUCGGCUAUGAGAAAACAGCCUUUUAACCUGUGCAAAUGAGCUGGAAUCUUAGAGGGAUUAACCUGUCUGAUAGUUGAAUUUAUAAAGACUGAAAGUCCAGGUGAUUUCGGGGGAGUGGAGGACGACACAGGAAUGGGACUGUGACUACAUGGAGAAUGUGCUUUGGAGCUGAGGAGCACCCACACUCUGCUCCACUCACCCUUUUGCAUGACAAUGGAGAACAAGUGCUGAGAUCAAGUGCUGGGCAGAAGCAGCAGUGCGCUGGUGAAGAUGGAGAAUGGCACAGGGGACAAGCAGAACCAAACUGUGCUGCCACUAUCAAGCCAGGAGAUCAUUACAGUUGAAUACCAAGUGGUUACCAUUCUCUUGGUCCUCCUCAUCUGUGGACUGGGCAUUGUGGGCAACAUCAUGGUGGUUUUGGUGGUCCUCAGAACCAAACACAUGAGAACUCCCACUAACUGCUACCUGGUGAGUCUGGCUGUGGCAGAUCUCAUGGUGCUUGUGGCUGCAGGACUACCCAAUAUCACAGAAAGCCUGUAUAGAUCCUGGGUGUAUGGCUACGUGGGGUGUCUCUGCAUCACUUAUUUCCAGUACCUAGGGAUCAAUGCUUCUUCUUUUUCCAUUGCUGCCUUCACCAUUGAGAGAUACAUAGCCAUCUGCCACCCCAUCAAAGCCCAAUUCCUGUGCACUUUUUCAAGAGCCAAAAAGAUCAUUAUUUUUGUCUGGGCUUUCACCUCCAUAUAUUGUAUGCUCUGGUUUUUCUUGCUGGACAUUAAUACAGUAGCCUACAAAGAGACUACUGUUGUGUCCUGCGGCUACAAGGUAUCCAGGAGCUAUUACUCUCCUAUCUACAUGAUGGACUUUGGCAUAUUUUAUGUUGUGCCAAUGGUAUUGGCAACUGUCCUCUAUGGCCUGAUUGCUAGAAUACUGUUCCUGAACCCCAUCCCUUCGGAUCCAAAAGAAAACUCUAAGACAUGGAGGAAUGAUGUGGCUCACCAAAGCAAGCCUGUAAAUUCCAAGAUGACUAACAGAAGUUUCAAUAGCACUAUUGCUUCUCGAAGGCAGGUUACCAAGAUGCUGGCUGUGGUUGUGAUUCUAUUUGCAUUCCUAUGGAUGCCCUAUCGCACGCUGGUUGUGGUCAAUUCCUUUCUCUCCAGACCCUUCCAAGAAAACUGGUUCCUGCUAUUUUGCAGAAUCUGUAUUUAUUUAAAUAGUGCCAUCAAUCCUGUAAUUUACAAUCUCAUGUCCCAGAAAUUCAGAGCAGCCUUCAGGAAACUCUGCAACUACCAGCAGAAACAGGAGAAGAAGACUGCCAGUUACAGUGCAGCCCUAACUUAUAACGUCAUCAAAGAUUCGGAUCACUUCAGCACUGAGCUGGAAGAUAUUACUGUCACCAAUACCUACCUGGCCUCUGCAAAAUUGUCCCUUGGUGAUACAUGUUUGUCAUCUGAGGCCUGAGGCCCAGCUUCUUCUGUUGUACACAGACACUUGGAUGUUUUGUUCCUACCAAAGGGUAUGAAAUGUAAAGACAUCUCUGCUUACAGAAUUGCAGGGAUUACUAUAAUCUCUACACACCUGCCUGUGUCCCACAAGAAAAAACAGCCUCUUGGGAAAUUAAAAGAAUAUACUACUGAGACUAACUGAACAAAGCACUUAAUACAAUAUAACUUUAGGAGGGUGAGUUGGCUUCUGUGGAAUACCCAAAUGCUUUGUCUCUUUAACUGGCUGAAGAGUGGUCUGCAUUCUCAGGCUUCCUAGGACACGUCCACAGAUGCAGAGUGGGGCAGUGGCUGAUGCUCCCAGUGAAGCUAGGAGUCAAGGAGAGGAGCUGCCCUUAUGUGUGGCUGCACUGGGCGGUACCAGCAGGGCCUGUCCAACAGCAACCAGAACCACUGAUAACAGUAAUUACCUGCCAGUGACUCCCUCAUCCCACAUCAGAGCAAAUCCAGUUGUGGGCAUCAUAGCACACUUCAAUAACAGGUAUCUGAUGGCAAAGAGUGAAAAAUCUUUCUCUUCUUCUUUAGUUUAUUUUCACCUUGAACAGCAUGAAAUAGGAGGACCACUGAAUGAAUUUGCAGCAGGGAAUAAACAAAAAGUCAGUAAGAAGCUUUUAAAGUAUCUUAUUUUUUCAUCAAUCUAGUUUACAGAUGUACCACUUUAAAUGUAAGUCUCAGCUACUAUUGAAUUCUGUCGGAACUUGACAGGUAUUAAAGAGUAUUGGACAGGCUUUCAACAGUUCUUCUUCCCUUGGUUCGAUAGCAAUUUUGUCUAAGAGUGCCGCAGGGGGGUUGUAGUUUCAAUUUAGGUAAUGUCUAGGGAAAAGAGAAAAAAUCAGUGAAAAAUGACACCUUUAAUUUUUUUUGUCUCAAAGUUUAUCUAUUAGAAUACUUUAGAACAUAAAGUAUUUUCAGAACAGAAGUCACUGUGGCUUCUCACUUGACAGCAUAGUUGCUUCCAUGCUUUUCUCGCACAGACACACGAUAAGCAGCCUGAGGCCACAGUCUCUCUGCUGUAGCUGAAGACAAAACAGUAUGUACUGCUUUGGCUUUGCUCUAGACCAGAUCUUGUUCUUGCUAGAAUUAUAUUUUCCUGUUUCUGUGCAGCAGUUACAGAAACUGAGGAAGGUGCCUUGUUUGUUAUGAACAUUUUGUGCAGCUUUUGUACACGAAAUUUAAAAACUUGAAAAAAAAAAUUUCUGUUCUAGUAAAAAACCUAUCCAGUGUGGGACAGAAGAAGUAGCCCCUCCAGCACUGUAAGGCUUUCCUGUCCAGUAUUCUUUUACACACUCUGCUGGUUCCCCAUCACUUUCAUUUACAUCCAUCCAUAUUUGCGAACUCAAAGAGAUCUAAAAUACCCUGAUAGACCUCUGAUUUAAAUGUUAAACUCGUGAAUUGUGAACCUGUGUCUGCUGCAUCCAAAAGAUUCUGUUCGACACGCUCUGCAUGGGAAGAAGAAACUGAACAGAUUGCCCACAGACGUUGUGGAUUCUCUCUCACUGGAAAUAUUCCAGAACAGUCCAGAUGCAAUCCUGUGCUAUGUGCUCUAGGAUGACUCUGCUUGAGCAGAGGGGUUGGACCAGUUGACCCACUGUAGUCCCUUCCAAC